AUGCCGUGCAGAAAUUUGCUAUUUGCAAAUUAUUGGUUUAGAGAAGCAAGCAUAUUAGACUUUAGAGUUUCAUAUAUUGGUAUAUUGAUGUUCACUGACAAUUCGCAGGGGUAUAAAAUUAUUGGUUCACAUAGCGGUGUUAAGAUUUGUAGAUGGACCAAGUCACAGCUUCGAGGACGGGGUGGUUGCUAUAAGCAUUCAUUCUAUGGUAUUGAGAGCCAUAGGUGCAUGGAGGCAACCCCUAGCCUGGCCUGUGCAAAUAAAUGUGUUUUUUGUUGGAGACAUCACACAAAUCCGGUGGGAAAAAGUUGGCAAUGGAAGAUGGAUGAUCCAAUAGAGAUUGUAAAUUCUGCAAUAGAGAUGCAUUCAAAUAUGAUUAAACAAAUUAAAGGAGUUCCUGGAGUUACCCUGGAGCGACUAAACGAAGGUCUUACACCACGACAUUGUGCACUAUCUCUUGUUGGGGAACCUAUUAUGUAUCCAGAGAUAAAUACACUUGUGGAUGAACUGCACAAAAGGAGAAUUUCCACUUUUCUGGCGACAAAUGCACAGUUUCCAGAUAAAAUAAAGUCAAUGAAGCCUCUCACCCAGUUAUAUGUCAGUGUAGAUGCUGCAACAAAAGACUCCUUGAAGGCAAUUGAUAGGCCACUCUUUGGAGAUUUCUGGGAACGAUUCAUUGAUUCCUUGACAGCCCUGAAGGAAAAACAUCAAAGAACUGUAUACCGCUUGACAUUGGUAAAAGGUUGGAACACUGAAGAUGUUGAUGCUUAUUACAAGCUCUUUAGUAUUGGAGAACCUGACUUUGUUGAAAUCAAGGGAGUUACAUAUUGUGGCUCCUCUGCCACAUCAAAAUUGACGAUGGAAAAUGUGCCUUGGCAUGCCGAUGUGAAAGCUUUUUCAGAGGCCCUUGCUCUGAAAAGCCUAGGGGAGUAUGAAGUUGCUUGUGAACAUGCUCAUUCAUGUUGUGUUCUCUUAGCAAAGACUAAGAAGUUCAAGAUGGAUGGCAAGUGGUAUACAUGGAUAGACUACGAUAAAUUUCAUGACCUGGUAGGUGUCUGUUUUCCUGGCUUUCCUGCUAUGUCAAGAUUAUUUUUGUAA